AUGUAUGCCCGGGGAAUUCUUUUCGGCAAGAUGAAGUACGAAUUGGGCGACCAUUCCUACGUCCGAUGUCCAGAAACUGGGCUGGCGGCGGACAUCGAAUUCAAAACCAAGGGCUGGGUCGGAGGUACCUACAAUGCCAUUGGAGGGUCCAUCAGAAACGAGCGGACGGGGGAAGUUCUUUAUGAACUGUCAGGAUUUUGGUCCGGAGAGAUGAUCAUCAAGGACACCAAGACUGGACAAAAAAAGACGCUUUUUGAUGCCACCCAUGCCAAACACGCUCCACCUUUGACACGGCCACUCGAAGAACAGGGAGAACGCGAAUCCCAAAAGCUUUGGAAGUCGACAGUACAGGCAGUGCAUGUGAGAGACCAUGAAGCUGCUACAACCGAAAAAGCAAAAAUCGAAGAUCGCCAGAGAGAAGAGGCUAAACGGAGAGAAGAAUUGGGUGUUGAGUGGAAACCCAAACUGUUCCGAAGAGUGGAUUCUCGACCCGGAGGCUGCGAAGAAGGCGAGGAAGAUCUGGAGUGGAUUAUAAAUGCUCACCUGGAUCCAAAGAUCGGUCCACAAGAACUAGUGGAGCGGAUUCUCUCGAUAGCUCCUAUACUUCCUGGCCAAGUUGAAAUUUCUGAACAAGACACGAGGCGUUACUCUCAUCAUCAUCAUCCUCAUCACACAGACGAAUCUCACGCAGCAGCGGGGCAUUCUGACCAUGUUCACCUGCACGCCUCGGACAACCUGAUCGAUUUCGAUUCACGGCCACCAAGCACAGCACCGCCGGAGAACCAUGCCACACAGCACAUCUCACAACCGCAACAGACCGCACAACAAAAGACGGCAAAUUUGAUGGAUGAUGACAAUGACUUGUCACACAUGAACAAUCAAAUCUCGAAAAUGAACAUCCAUGCAGCAAUGGUGCCGGAGGGCAAGAAGCCGCUGAGGAGGGCCGACACUGACACUAGCGAAGUCGAUGUGUUUGUUGAUGCAGAAGGCUGA